UGUUGAUGCUGCUUCUUCUUCUUCUUCUUACUAGUGCUACUGUAUUACUAGUAUUCUUCACCAAUGCCUGGCCUUUAAUUGCCUACCACUUCCUCCGAUUCCGAAGGCGAUCAGGUCGAUCCAUCACUCGUGCUGGCUAGUAGCUACUCUUUGCUGCGAGCUGUUCUUGCAAUAGCAUUAGCAGGGGAGGGGAGUGCAGUGCAGGGAUGGAGGAGCUCCGCAGCUCUAUGCUUGUGGCUUUGAUCCUCGCGGUCAUGUGCUCCGUCGCAGUUGCCUACGAUCCCCUCGACCCCACAGGCAACAUUACAAUCAAAUGGGAUGUCCAGUCAUGGACGCCCGACGGAUACGUCGCCAUGGUGACGAUGAACAACUAUCAGCAGUACCGCCAGAUCAUGUCGCCUGGAUGGACGCUGGGGUGGUCGUGGGCCAAGAAGGAGGUGAUCUGGUCCAUCGUGGGAGCGCAGGCGACGGAGCAGGGCGACUGCUCCAAGUUCAAGGGCGGCAUCCCGCACUGUUGCAAGCACACGCCCUCCGUCGUCGACCUCCUCCCCGGCGUGCCCUACAACCAGCAGAUCGCCAACUGCUGCCGUGGCGGCGUCGUCUCCGCCUACGGCCAGGACCCCGCCGGCUCGCUCUCGGCGUUCCAGGUCUCGGUGGGGCUCGCCGGGACCACCAACAAGACCGUAAAGCUUCCGAAGAACUUCACGCUCAUGGGCCCCGGGCUCGGCUACACCUGUGGCCCCGCCACAAUCGUCCCCUCCACCGUCUACUGGAGCGCCGACCACCGGCGCAAGACUCAGGCGCUGAUGACAUGGACGGUGACCUGCACCUACUCGCAGCAGCUGGCGUCCAGGUACCCGACCUGCUGCGUCUCCUUCUCCUCCUUCUACAACAGCACCAUCGUGCCGUGCGCCAAGUGCGCGUGCGGCUGCGGCGCCCACAAGAGCAUGGGUGGGCGUGGCGGCAAGAGCCACAGCGACGGGUGCAUCAUGGGCGACUCCAAGCGGGCGCUGACACCUGGGGUGAACACGCCCAAGAAGGACGGAGCGCAGCUGCUGCAGUGCACCAACCACAUGUGCCCCAUCCGGGUGCACUGGCACGUCAAGCUCAACUACAAGGACUACUGGCGCGCCAAGAUCGCCGUCACCAACUUCAACUACCGCAUGAACUACACGCAGUGGACGCUCGUCGCCCAGCAUCCUAACCUCAACAACGUCACCGAGGUCUUCAGCUUCCAGUACAAACCCCUCCUCCCCUACGGAAACAUCAACGACACCGGCAUGUUCUACGGCCUCAAGCUGUACAACGACCUGCUCAUGGAGGCCGGCCCCUUCGGCAACGUGCAGUCAGAGGUGCUCAUGCGCAAGGACGACACAACCUUCACCUUCAGCCAGGGAUGGGCGUUCCCGCGCAAGAUCUACUUCAACGGCGAUGAGUGCAAGAUGCCGCCGCCGGAUUCCUACCCUUACCUGCCCAACGCCGCACCGCUCGUGACACCGCGUUCCGUGAUCACCGCUGCCUCGGCCUGCUUGCUCGUGCUCCUCCUCCUGGUGGCAUGAUCUAUCCAGGAUCUUUUACUCACAUGCAUCUUGAUAAUUUCCCAACUUUUUGAAGAAAAAAAAUACAGGUUAGGGUAUUAGGUAGAGGCAUUUUGGUUGUCAACGUGUACGAAACUUAGUAGCAGAGUGGUCCGUGCGGAUGCGCGAGCAACAUAUCUUGUUUAGUGUGUGUGUGGUUGUCAUGUCAAGAUUAAAUAAUCUCAUACUAGUGUUCGUCUCUUCGCCGCA